CUGGCUUUACGCGUCUCUCGGUGGAUGUCUAAGCGAUUCCAGCUCACUCCCGAGCAACUUGCUCUUUCUCAAGAGCGUAAAGCGAAAAAACAAAAACUAGCGCAUACUGAGACACCACCUACGGUGGACCCGAAAUUAAUCUUACCUCGACCUUGGAUUCACCUUCACAGUUCUGAACCGCCUAAAGCUCAGCAUCAACCCAGUCCCGAUCGUCUGCGCGUCCUCACAUGGAAUAUUUUAGCCCAAACUCUCGUUCGACGCGAGCUAUUCCCAACGAGUGACUGUCUUAAGGCUAGCCAAAGACAACCCAUGCUUCAUGCGGAGAUUCUUGCACAAGAUGCCGAAAUCAUAUGUCUCCAGGAGGUCGAUACUCUGGAGAAGCUUUUGCCUGCAUUAGAACCGUGUUAUACCACGCACUACGCUGCUGGGCCAGGGAAAAAGCAUGGAUGCUUGAUCGCAUUCAAGAAGGAUCGUUAUGAUAAACACGUCGAGAAACUCGUCCAUUAUGAUGACGAGGUAGUGAGGGACGGAGAGACUGAGCAGGCUCGCCGCGGAUCCAGUUUUAAAACACGAAAUAUUGCCUCCCUUCUAGCGGUCAAGCACAAGUCCAAACCUGGCCAGGGAGUGGUAGUGGGCACUUCCCAUCUUUUCUGGCAUCCACGCUACACGUACGAACGAGCCCGGCAAGCCGGCAUUUUCCUUCGAGAAAUCACCAAAUUCCAAUCUGAGCAUGAUCUCGAAGACUGGCCAUGUGUCGUCGCAGGAGAUUUCAAUUUCAGUCCAGACGACCCAGCGUAUAGCUUGCUUGUCGGCGACCCUCUGAGUGUUGAACAACGAGAGCGAUUAGAAACUUCACGUGUCGUACAUGCCUCCAUUGACCCCAACGUCCAAAGCGCAGCCGCACCCUUAGUGAAGGAGGACGAAGAUCAAGCCGUUGACCCGGAUCGAGUAAUCACAAAUGCGCGGCGGGCAAAGCCAUCCGACGGCCUACUUACCGAUGAUGAACUUGUUGCCCUAUUUUCCACAAGUAAGACGUUUAGGAGCGCAUAUGACGAGGGUUUGAGGCAGCAUCGAUUAUCCUCAUCGAGCAUACCAACUUUUGGUGAUCGAACAAAACUCGAUGCAAGCAAAAAGGGCUUCUAUGAGCCAGAAUAUACCAGCUACACCGUGUUUUGGAAGACAGUAUUAGACUACAUAUUCUUCUUGCCUGGACGUCUUCCAACAGUCGUGACUGGAAUUCUUGCACCACACAAGGUGGAGGACCUUGGGGCAGGUCUCCCGUUGAAGACGAUAUGUGGCAGUGACCAUGUCUCGCUUUCAGCCGAUUUGGAUGAAGGGCAACCGCGUUAG